AUGCUGUAAUACAGUGUGUGCACUGUACACAGACUACUUCUGCUAUAUGCUUUUCUCCCAGCAUUCUGGUCAGUGAAUGCAGUCAGAAAAUGUCUCUCUGCCAUAACCACCUAUUAUAUCGUAGUUUACAGUUAAAUUUUGUUAAUUUGAAGGUAUACUGUGCCACCAACGCCGUUCUCUAUACCUGUCAGUGUUAGUGGUGAAGAUUUGAGUUCAUUAAUAAACAGUUUCUUGCAACAAGGUGAGGCCUGAAACAGUACCGUCAUUUAUUUGAAACUUGUCUUGCAACUUGUCUUGCAACUUGUCUUGCAACUUGUCUUGCAACUUGUCUUGCAACUUGUCUUGCAACUUGUCUUGCAACUUGUCUUGCAACAUGCUUUGCAACUUGUCUUGCAACAUGCCUUGCAACUUGUCUUGCAACAUGUCUUGCAACAUGUCUUGCAACUUGUCUUGCAACUUGCCUUUCAACUUGUCUUGCAACAUGCCUUUCAACUUGUCUUGCAACAUGCCUUGCAACUUGUCUUGCAACAUGCCUUGCAACUUGUCUUGCAACUUGUCUUGCAACUUGUCUUGCAACAUGUCUUGCAACUUGUCUUACAACUUGUCUUACAACUUGUCUUGCAACUUGUCUUGCAACUUGUCUUGCAACUUGUCUUGCAACAUGCCUUGAACUUGUCUUGCAAAUUCGUUGCGACACAAGUUGCAUGCGAAAUUGCAGGUUCUACUUUUCGCGGAAACGCUUGCGCAUUGUGGAAACGCUUGCGCAUUUUUAAACAGCCAAUAACAAGUCGUUAUUUGACUAGUUGAAGUAACGCUCUCCACCAAAAAAACAAAAAUUGUAAGUAAACAUCGCACAAUGUAACAUCCCGUGAUCAUGCAACUGCAAUGUUAAAAAUGUAGCGUAGUGUACCAGCGCCUAAAUUAGUUGCAUUUGUGAUAUCUCCCAGUGAUAUUUAUCCCAGUUGUAUCGCUGCUUAACAAAUAGAUAAGAUUUUGCCGUUGUUUGUUCAGUUAUAGAUACACAGUGUGACGUCAUAAUGUGAUGUCAUUAUUACCCACAUUAUGACGUCAUACUGUGUAUCUAUAAUUGAGCAGACAACGACAAAAUCUAAGAAUCUAUUUGUUUCAUAUAAUAAAAAGAAAAACUCCGAACUAACAGGUACUGUAAAUAGCUUACUUUUUAUCAACCCAAACAUUUGGAAAUUUGAAAAAGUCGAAAUUUUACAAAUAUCACGCGUACAUGAUCUAUACUAUACAAUUAAGGGAAUGCUAUUGGAUAAGGUUUUAUGUGACGUAAUUCCAUGCGUCUGUCCUCUAAUGGAUCAUGGCUCUCGACCAAUGAAAGCGCUUGAAUUCUUAAGGUUAUUAUAUAAAGUAUAAUAGAGCAACGCCGAAAUAUUUGAGGUUGCCCUCAGUCGUUAGGUUUGAGGUGAUACGAAAAGCAAUAUAUCAGUACGUCUCUUCAUUUCUGUAAUAUUGUGAUAUUUUUUGUUUUGUAUUUUCAAGAGAAUCUUCUAAAUGAAGAUAAACAAGUGGACUUCGAUUUUCUUAUCGCUGGCCAGUACAUCACAGAAACCUUACAACAACACACACAAGAUGUUGGAACAGUAAGUCAAACAUACAUUGAUGGCUCAGAGUGAAAUACGCAUGUCGCAUAUGUUAUCAGUGAAGUUUCUUUUAACUGUUUGCAAUUCAUUACCUUUUUUCGUCGUUUGCUGUAAAAUAUCAGUGAGCUCUCUAUAUAUCUGGAGCGAGAACUUCAGUCAUUCGGCCUUGAACUUGUCUUGCAACUUCUCUUAGCACGGCCCAUUGAAAAUCAGCGUAACAUGCUGAAUGGCUACCGUGCUUAAAGAAUUUUAAAGAUUUAAAGAUUAAAGCCAAUGGCUUAAAUUGACGUGGUCGUGAGUUCUCACUCCAGAUAUAUAUGGAGCUCAGUGUGAAAUGUAGACGGCUUCGGAUUGAAAGAAAUACAUCUGAAAAAUACAAGUAGAACUUGGAUGUUUCGAGCGAAGAGGGAAGUCGGCUACUAACUUACCGACGUAGGGCCUUCGUCCAAGUUCUGCUUCUAUUAUGGCAAGUUGUGUUUCUCACCACUGUCUGUUAUCGUCGCUACCUACACUCACUACGACCGUUUGAGGAUGGAAAAUAUACUUUUUAUAACGUUAAGAAUUCAAACGCCUUCAUUGGUCGAGAGCCAUGAUCUAUUACACGCGUAAAAAUCAUCAUGUUGAUGCAAGUUGUUCAAAACAGGAGCGAACAAUGUUGUGCUGCACCCCGUGAACAAUAUUGUUUACAAGUUGUUGAACCAUCAACAUUGUUGCAACUUGUUGACAGUCAUGUUAACAACUUGCAACAGUACUGAUGGUUGAACAACUUGUUAACAAUAUUGUUCACGGGGUGCAGCACAACAUUGUUCACUCCUGUUUGAACAACGCCGAACAACCUGAUCAAUUUUUACCCGUGUAGAGGACAGACGCACGGAAUUACGUCACAAUUAAGGUAUCCAAUAGCAUUCCCUUAUUUGUAUAGAUCAUGUACGCGUGAUAUUUGUAAAAUUUCGACUUUUUCAAAUUUCCAAAUGUUUGGGUGGAUAAAAAGUAAGCUAUUUACUUGUUUAAUUCGGGGGGUUUCUUUUUAUUAUAUAAGACAAAUAGAUAAGAUUUUGCCGUUGUCUGUUCAGUUAUAGAUACACAGUAUGACGUCAUUGAAAGAACAAAAAAGUGGUCGCGAACCGGCGAGGCGAGCGGGUCACUUUUUUGUUCUUCCCGCAUUACGAUGUCAUACUGUGUAUCUAUAACUAAACAGACAGCGGCAAAAUCAUAUCUAUUUGUUUUAUAUAAUAAAAAGAAACCCCCCGAAUUAAACAGGUAAAUAGGUUACUUUUUAUCCACCCAAACAUUUGGAAAUUUGAAAAAAUCGAAAUUUUACGAAUAUCACGCGUACAUGAUCUAUACAAAUAAGGGAAUGCUAUUGGCUACCUUAAUUGUGACGUCGUUCCGUGCGUCUGUCCUUCAAUAGAUCAUGGCUCUCGACCAAUGAAAGCGCUUGAAUUCUUAACGUUAUUGUAUAAUAAAGUAUAGCUUAACUUUACCGCAGGAAGAUGUGGUUGAAAUAGAAUAUAUAGAAAAACAAGCUGCGCCAUGGCCGGAGAAAAUGAUGCUUCAAAAUGACUGGGUUAGCUCAAUUGCUGUUUUAAAUGGAUGGUAAGUCUAAUACACGUACAGAAAAAGUCGAAAUAAUAAAUUUGUCGAUUUUACCUUCUGUAAGGUUCUUCUGUGUCAUCACAGAAUAAGAACCUUACAGCGGGCUUACAGAAGGUAAAAUCAGCCAAAAAAGUGUAACCGCUGCUACGCCAUGAUUCGCAAUGAUUUGUCACCAGAAUGUAUUCACCAUGUUCCCAGCCAGUACGCUUUGGAGAGACAUUCACCCCCUGAACGUCCGCCAUUUUGAAUAUUUUCAAGGAGGUGAAUCAGUGGGGUGAAUGCCUUUCGUAAGCGCACUGCAUGGCUAGGACCAUGGCGACAGCAUUGCAACAGUUACGUCAAAAUGAUAGGAAAAAAGAAGACGUCGACCUUCUGUAACGUUCCUAUUCUGUGGUGUCAUGCAACACAUCAUAAUUUUCAUGACUGGGAAAUAUUUUCAUGCAUUAUGGGUUUUGACAAUACCAUUUUUUUACAUUUUCUUAUGUUAUUUUUUUCUGUAGUAUUUUGUCAGGAAGCUACGAUAAUGUGGUUUAUUUGUGGGACAUGCAAGGUUAGACUUUCUUUAAGAACGACACUUCUUUCGUCGUCUUCUCUUUUCGAAUUUACAUCAAUGAAAUUAUGCUGUUCUUAGCCAAUCACAAUUGAGAAUUGAUCUUAGAUUAGAACUCCUUACGUCACGUCGCUGUCAGACGAUGAAUAAAUGACCCACAUGUAUCCCACAUUGCAUUGCGUAAUUGGUAUACCUAAUGUUUAGGUGGAGUGGAAAUUGCGUGACGUAAACAAUCAGAAUUCGCCAAUCAGAAUGUAAAAUUCAUGGUGAAUAUAAAAUUCAUAGUGAAUAUAAAAUUCAUGUUUCUCGUGAACAGAAUGUAUACAACAGUCAAUAAUACGUCACAUUAGACUUAGAAGUACACUGUACAGUGUAAAAUUUGUAUUUCUAUAUUUAUUCAUUAAUAUCGAUUUUGAAAUUUGAUUCUUUAUAUAAUUUGAAUCCCUCCAGUUUACCCGUUUCCUUUAAACUUUUACAACAGGUGGGCUUUGUGUAUUUUGUAUCUGUACUUGUUACGUCGUUUAUAGCGUAAGUGUUUUUCUUUGUGUCAUAGGAAACUGUUUAGAAUCUGUAAAUGAACACACACAGGCGGUGAAGGCUGUUGAUUGGAUAAAAAAAGGUAAUGUAUUGUAUAUAUUUUCACAUUUUGCAUGCAAUAAUGUACAAUAUUUUAUAGGCUGAAUUAAGUUAAUUCAUUGAUGACAAUUGAAAAUGCAAUGGUAGUGUGACUGGUGUCAGUUCAUCUGAAACGAUUUCUAACUUAGUCUGAGUCAAGAGACAAUUACUGGCACAGUAGUAUGAACUACAAAGCAUAAAUUGACUGCUCAUGCAGACUCAGCCAAAACACAUAAUUAUAUUUGACUAUAGGAAGUUCAAUAUCACAUUUGAGGGCAACGGCAAACAGCAUGCAUGAUAAAUUUUUCAUGGCAAAAUAUUUACAUUUUCCUUCAUUUCCUCUUAUUGUCUUUCUUACGUCAAAAGAAUCAUUCUGCAUUUCUGUCUGAACACAAAGUUGAUCAUAAUGUUAUAGCCCUACUGCCCUACAACGUAAAAUUCUUCUUUGCCUGCCGUUUGGCAAAUUCCUUCAUGUUGUGCAGUGUUUUAGAUAAAUAAGGAAUCUGUUAAUCAGCUUCAAUCUGUUUCUUAGAUAAAGAAAAGGCAGUUUUUAUAUCUUCUUCACUCGAUCAGACUAUUCAAAUAUGCGAGGUAAGUAGUCUGCUCGCCAUAUUUGAAACUGCUUAUCGAAAUUUCUGGUUGCGACCAGGCUAUAAGUACAUGUCUGUGUAGUUUCCUAGAGACAGAAAAAGUUUCACUGUUCAACUUUGACUGUUCCAGACAAUAAAUUAAACCUUUUUAUAUUGAAGCUAAAAUUUUGUAUUUCUAUUGUAGUGUCCAUUGAACGAAGGUCGAUCCUCUUGUCUGUAUGUGUGUAAAGGACAUACAAAGAGCGUGGAUUGUCUGGCUGUUCAUCCAAAUAAAAUGAAGGUACAAGUCCUAGCACUAUUGCUUUUGUAGUUUUGUACUCGAUAUAUAGUUUAAAGACUUUGAAGUACUAUUUAAAACAUGAGCAGCAGUGUUUUAUCAGUUGACUAUAUAUUAAGCCUCUUUUCUACUCAUCGCAAGAGUGAACGCGCAAGCUAGCUGCGUGUACUUUCAUCCAAUCACAAUGCUCGACAAUUGAUUUUAAUUAGAUGCAACCACUCGCAUUGAGCUUGCGAGAUGGUUUUUGCGAUGAGUGGAAAAGAGACUUUAAGCUUCCGAAAUUAUGGCGCGGAAACUGAUGGUCAAUAAUUUUAUACGUGGAAGCCUUACUUUUUGUCACGUUCCUCUUACAGGUAAACUACGUGAAGCGUUCCUCUUUUGAGUUUCUAAAUUGAUUGCAAUUUUCCUCAUUACUUUUGCAAUUUAAAAAACUCCCUUGCAAAUCCUUUGAGGAAAUUUGCAAUGUUGCUGAAAGCCAAUUAAAUUUUCCUCAGUUCCUGUUAGAAGUUCUUAACUUCCUGUUACAAGUUCCUAACUUCCUGUUCUGCGCGUUGCAAUUGGCUAGCAAAAAUAAUCGACCAAUAACAACGCUCAGAACAGAACAGAACAGAACAGAACAGAACAGAACAGAACAGAACAGAACAGAACAGAACAGAACAGAACAGAACAGAACAGAACAAGAAGUCAGGAAAUUAAAACAGGAAGUUAGGAAAAUUUAAAGUGAAGUUUUUUGCAUUGAAAUAUUACAACAGCCGAUAGGAACAUUGCAAAUUUCCUCAAGGGAUUUGCAAAGAGUUUUUCAAAUUUGCAAAGCUAAUGAGGAAAAUUCCAAAUGAGUUAUGAAGUCAAAAGAGGAACGCUUCACGUAGUUUACCUGUAAUAUAUAGUCACACAUAUCCAAUACAUCAUGCGCCACCCCCACGCAUGCGUUUCUUCAUGCACAAUUUCUUUCACUAAACUUAAUUAUUUCCAUGUUAUUCAUGUCUUCUAUUUAAUGGAUGGUUUGAAUUUUGUUGAACAUUAUAGUUUUGCAGUGGUUCUUGGGAUAAAACGCUCAAAUUAUGGUCGUCAGGUAAGCUGCUAUUUUGGUCCACGUUCUUUGCAAGGUUGAACAAUUACACAUGCCAAGAUGACCAGGUUAAUUCACAGUACCAAUAAAUAUAACGGUGGUAUAUACAUUUGCUCACAAUCCUUCACAAUCCUUUUGGUAUGAAACAGCCGCUGUCUUCUUAUCAUAAGUCUUUGAGGCCUAGUUUAUACGUCGAAUUUCAGUCGAAUUUAAUGCGUCGAAUUUCAGUCAAGUCGUGAUAUCCGACGAAAAUUCGACGUAUAAAUUGAUUAAGGUGGCUCCCUACAGUUAUUCUUGUUUAAGCAAUAAUUCCGUAAAACAGGCUUAUUCGUGCGGAACGCGAAUUCUUUUCGAUUUGGUGGCAAUAUUGGUCACCUAAGGAAUAUUUCGAACUAGAUUUCGACAACGUCAAUGUUCCCAUGGCAACAUGACGACAGCAUAAAGCCUUCCAAUUUAACCCAUAAAUGUGCCGCUAUCUCAAAAACGAUGUCGGUGACCUAUCUUUUUUAUUUCAUAUAUCAAUAAGGAAUGAUGCUCUGCAACUGUGGUGAAAGUUUAAAAAAAUUCUGUAGUGUGUGAUUUUUUUAAAAGCGAAAAUUUUAUUGCGAAAUUUCCACACUACAGAUUUUUUUAAAAAUUGAAAUUUAUAUAAUUUACCGCAAAAUAAAUUCGUGGUCAAAAUUUGAAGAUAGGUUACCGAUGAAACUAAUGAGUAAAAUGCAAAUAAAGUUAGAAAAUAGCCUCGUGUAACUCGAGAAAUUCCCCUUAUUGAAAAGCGUCGCUGACUAGUAAAAGAUUGUACGCGGGCGCAGAACGAGUUUUCAUUCAGCAAAAUCGAGCAGCAAUGUUGUUUUUACUGUUUUGUUUUUGUCAACUUUUCGAUUUAUUUGAGUGCCAUGGACAGCCAAGGAUUAUUGUGAAGGAUCAGAUCGAUGAAAACAAGGUUGAAGCUAAUUGAACCCUGCCGUUUACUCAAUUUAUGACCUGUAACAGCCUAUUAACAGGUGGACGUAUUUUUUUGUUUCAUGUUUGGUUUUGUACUUUUUGCUAAAAAUGAACAAUUAGGCUAUGAAACUGAAAUAUUUUCUGUUUACAUAUAAUCACUUUGAUCUUGUAGAAACACGACUAAAAACGUGAACGUUUUCUUGAGAAGUAAACAACUUUUUAAACGUUCGUAUGCAAUUUUGCAAAUGUUUUACAGUUGACAAUGUAUAUUUAAAAAAAUGAAUAAAAAACAUUGUUUCGUAGCUAUUUUUUGGUCUAGUGAUAUUCGUAUCAUAUGUAGAAUUGCUGUAUAGACUCGCAAGUGAUUUGGCACUCAAAAUGAAGCAUUAUUCAACGCUUUUUUCCAUUAGAAACCUUUCAGAAAUAGCUUUAUUUUUUAAAAAAGCGUGGUCAAUUUUUGUUUUGUUUUGAUCAUGCGGUUGCGUGGGAUAGUUCACGUACUGGUCCCGCGAACAUCCCGCACGCAACUGUAGGGAGCCUCCUUAAGUCAAACUGGAUGAUCUCAAACUUUACUCAUCUGUAUGCCCAAUGCAACUGCAAAUGGCUGUAUUGGUUUGGUGCUAUCUUUUGUAAAAUAUUAGCUUUCCUAAUAUGUCAAACAGUAGUUAACAAUUGGGCCAAUUAAGAUGGUAUGGGCCGAGUUGGUCAGUGGGCCGAGUUGACCAGCUUGUGUACACAACACCAGCACAGAAAAAAAAAUCAUAUUACAAGAUUACAUUGGUAUCGAAGGAACUAGAUUCUGUUCCGAAAUAUCACAUACUUGAACCGACCUGGCCGCGUAGCUCAGUUGGCAGAGCAUUGGGCUAGUAUUCCAAAGGUCGUAGGUUCGAUUCCCACCGUGGCCGGGCAUAUUUUUCAAGCUCGCCCGGUGUGGAUAUACACUCAGAGUAACAUCACAAACAUAUCAUUUCCAAUGCUGUCAAAUUUUUAUUUUAGUGCGACGUGUUAAAUUUUAUCCCUUUAAAUUUCACCGAGAAAGAUAUUCGUCACAACCAGGAUUUUAUCAAUCUUUCGACAACACUUCAGAAAGACUUGCUUGGAAUAUAUGAACAUUCUAUGAAACGGUAGAUAUUUUAAAUUAUUUAUACUCCAUACCUCUACCAGUUCUGAACUGUUCUCCCUCCCUAUACAUGUCCGUUAUAUAUGUGUCAUCUCUCAUUUGGCCAGCGUUUCAACAUUAAACAAAUGCAAACAACAUAAAAAACUAAUGUAUUCGUACUGGAUACAGGGAUGGAUUUACUGGGGGGGGUGGUGCAGGGGGGGUGCUAUUUUUCAUGAUAAAGCAAAAAAAAUAUUAGAGAUAAAAUGAGAUACAGUAAUUUGAGAAAUAACAUGAUGAUAAGCGAACUGUGUACAACAAUUACAAUUCAAAUACAGUAGUCAAGCUAGACUGUGCAGUAGUGAAGCAAGUUGAUGGGCGGGCGGCACACAUGACCGACACAACUCGGCACCAGAGCAGGCAGAGCACCCCCCCACCAGAUCAUGCUGGAUCCAUCCCUGACUGGAUAGUUCUAUGUGUUCUCCCCAGAGGUCCAAUCAUCUCUUACUUGCAAUUUUGUGAUUUUCCUCUUCUGAUGUAUGUGAACGAGUAGAUGAGUUACGAAUGUUCGGAGUACAUGUACCCUCAUCUGAACAUUUAUAACUUAGCCACUCGUUCACAUCCAUCAGAAGGAGAAAAUCCCACUUAAAAUCUGUAAGUGUAAACGAUCCUUUAAAUCAAACUAACUUCUAACGUCAGUCCUGAAUUGUUUUCCCCAGAGGUCCAGUAAAGCCUAUUUUGCUACAAGAGAAAACGUUUAAAACUCGGAGGUCGCGGAAGCAUUUCGAAAGUGGAGGGGCAUUGGCCAAAGGGGGCACUUUUGUAUGUGACCAAAAUCAAACGAUUUCAUGUCGUUCACGAGCCGAACGAAAAUUUUUGAAAAUAUGGAGUCUCUAUAACGUUGCAAAUGGCCUUUACAGAGUCUUUACUAUGCUGCAAAAAGGGCAGUUUCUUUCCAGCAAAAGAGGGCGUUCAUUCAAGAAAUACUUUUUUCGUUCUUUAAAUGGGGCACUUUAGCCCAGAAAAAAGGUCACUUUUUUCACUUUUAAAAAUUUUUUUUCACUUUUAAAAAAAGUGGGGAGUCCCGGUUCCGCGGCCCUUGCUUAAAACUAGAUAGUUCUAUACAGUUCUUAGCUGUUCUUCCUGGAGGUCCAGUAUUAUACUCCAGGAAGAAAACUUAUAAGUUCUAAACUGUUUUCCCCGAAUUUUUCAGGUUUGAUGAGAGUAGCAGUGAGGACAGUGAUUUUAAUGGCGAAGAUUAUUGGAGAAGAUCUCCAACGGGCACAUUUAGGGUAUGUUAAUUAACAGCGUGAUCUACUCAUGGUUAGGGUGAAGAUGGGUUAAAAGUAGGGUAAAGGGUAAGAAUUUCUAAUACGGAAAUGGAUGAUUCUAGCUAUAGACUAUAUUUUGAUCCGGACAAGAAGAAUGAAAUAAUUGAUUGCCAAAUUUGGUUGCAAAAUGUUGUAAAAUACGAAAAAUAUAACCCUGUGAAAUUAGCAAAUUUUGAGUGUUCUAGUAUUACGCGCGGAAAAAAGCAUCACUUUUGAGCAGAAAGUGGUGCAUUUUCCCGCGCGUAAUACUAAAAUACUAAAAAUUUGCUAAUUUCAUAGGGCUAUAUUUUUUGUAUUUUACAACAUUUCGCAACGAAACUUUGCCAUUUUACUAAUUUUAUGAUGCUCUUUUGAGCUCUCCUUCUUGUUUAGAUAGUCGAUAUCUGGAAUCAUCUAUUGACUGUAGUUUUUCUUAGUUUCAGGGCUUACAUUUGUCAGAAAGCGAGAGUUCAGAGGACGAACAAUUUCUCUCAAAUGCUAGAACGUUGCAAGAUCACUUGCCUGUUGAUAAAGACUCUUUAGAAGAAUGUGUACGUGGCUUACAUGAAGUAUUACCUAGUGAUAUUAGCCGUGCUAGGCUGACGGAGAUCGCUUUGGCCGCUGAUUGUGAUAUAAACAGAGCUCUGAAUCAUUAUUUUUCAUAG